AUGAUGGCGGCUCGCCCCAAUUUACGUCUUUUCUCCGCCCUGCGUACACCAUUUGCUGCACGCCGCUUUGCGACCGAGUCACGGUUAACCUCGGACCAUGUCCGCAUCGUGGAGGUCGGCCCCAGAGAUGGACUGCAAAACGAGAAGAAGGCCAUUUCAAAAGAAACAAAGCUCGAAUUGAUCAGUCGUCUGGCUAAGACAGGUGUCACUACCAUCGAAGCCGGCUCUUUUGUUCCCGAAAAAUGGGUACCACAGAUGGCAAGUACAGCUGAGAUCUGUGAGCAUCUUCUCACGAGACCUCCGCCUGCACAGUCUACAAUUGCAUACAACUACUUAGUCCCUAACAUCAGAGGGCUGGAGGGCCUGGUCAAGAUCAUGGAGGAGACGGGCGUACCUGCGGACGCGACGGGGGAGACAUCAAAGGCAGCGACAACGACAGAGGUUUCUCUAUUUGCGGCUGCGACAGAAGCUUUCUCAAAGGCCAACACCAACUGUACUAUUGAUGAAUCACUGGAGCGCAUUAAGCCAAUUGUCGCAUUAGCAAAGACCAAGAACAUUCGCGUGCGCGGAUAUGUCUCUGUUGCACUUGGCUGUCCCUACGAGGGCCCUGAUGUGAACCCCGUCAAGGUUGCCGACAUCACCGCCACCCUGCUGGAAAUGGGAGCAGAUGAAGUCUCGGUGGCGGACACCACGGGUAUGGGCACCGCUCCCCGCACCAUGGAACUCCUGCAGGCCCUCAAAGCUGCUGGUAUUGCCAACACAGACUUGGCAUUGCAUUUCCACGAUACAUAUGGACAAGCAUUGGUGAACACGAUCGUUGGAUUGGAGCAUGGUGUUCGCAUCUUCGAUAGCAGCGUGGGUGGACUUGGUGGUUGCCCAUACUCCAAGGGUGCAACGGGAAAUGUGGCGACCGAGGACCUUGUGCACACGAUUCACAGCUUGGGAAUGCACACUGGAAUCAGCUUGGAAGAGAUGUCAAAGAUUGGGUCGUGGAUUAGCAAGGAGUUGGGUCGAGCUAACGAAAGCCGGGCUGGAAAGGCAACACUUGCUCGAUUGUUGGAGGAAAAAGCAAAGCUUUGA